CUCUUCUCUGAGGUGCCCCCGCGCACGGCUCGCUCUCUCCCACCCACAAGCAUCCCAAACCUCCAAGCAAAACACACCCAACCCACCCGCAACCAUGCCCACCCCGCUACCCGCGCCCCCCACCAUCGAAACCAACGACCUAACCUACACCUUCCCAAACGCCACCGCCGGCGUGUCGCACGUCACGCUGUCGCUGCCGGCGCGCUCGCGCACGCUGCUCAUCGGCGCCAACGGCGCCGGCAAGACGACGCUGCUGCGGCUGCUGGCGGGCAAGCGGCUGGUGCCGCCGGGGUCGGUGCGCGUGGGCGGGGCGGACCCGUUCGCGGACGGGCUCGAGGGCGUGACCUACCUGGGGCUGGAGUGGGUGCUGAACGCGGCGGUGGUGCGGGCGGACAUCGGGGUGGCGGAGCUGCUGGCGUCGGUCGGGGGGGACGCGUACCCGGAGCGGCGCGACGAGCUGGUCGCGGUCCUGGACGUCGACGUCAACUGGCGCAUGCACGCCGUCUCGGACGGCGAGCGCCGCCGCGUCCAGCUCGCCAUGGGCCUGAUCCGCCCCUGGACCGUCCUGCUGCUCGACGAGAUCACCGUCGACCUGGACGUGUGGAGCCGCGCCCAGUUCCUCGCCUUCCUGCGCCGCGAGACCGAGACCCGCGAGUGCACCGUCGUGUAUGCCACGCACAUCCUGGACAACCUGGCCGGCUGGCCGACCCAUCUGGUGCAUAUGCAUCUCGGCACGGUGAAGGGGUGGGGGCCGGCGGAGGAGAUGCUGCGGGAGGUGGACGAGAAGCCAGAAGAAGAGAUGGUCGGCGCGCCGGGGAACAGCAAGCUGGGCGAGUUGGUGCUGCGCUGGCUGAGGGACGAUCUGAGGGAGAGAGGCCCGCGCAGCCAGCACAAGAGGGGGCCCGAGGGCUGGUCGUACACCGUGAUGGGCCUUGGCGGAUAUGGGUUUGAGCCGAAGGGCGUCCAGGAGCAGAAAUAAAGACAAAUGGGGUUUGGGAAGGUUGGGUUGGUUGGGAUAUAUUUCUGAACGGUGGGCGGUCCAAGGCGGUCUAUGCUUGAUUUAACAUGAUACCCAGGCAGCAUUUAACAUGGGGUUCACGGGGUGGGGAAAGGAAAGA